AUGAAUUACCCAUCACGGAAUGAUGAUUCUCUUCUCCAUCCAACCUGGAACCAGAGUCUCCCGCAAUUGGCUGCUGAUCUAACGACUCGUCAGAACCUUAAUGGCAUUGUGAAUUCCAGAGAGCACAAGGAAUCCGAAAACAAAAUCACGAGCAAGCAAGUUCCAGUCGUCUUCAAGGAGCACGAACCAUCACAGGAACUCUUUCCGGCGGUGGCAGAGGUGGCUUCCCCUGGAGAGCCACCUCGGAGCCCUCCAGGACACGAAGACACUUCUUGGAGUCCAUCUGCGUCUCGCUACUCGGGUCGUAUCUUCGGAGUGUUCACCAAGUUUACGAAAUUCAUUGGACCUGGUUUUCUGAUAGCCGUUGCUUAUAUUGAUCCUGGCAACUAUGCUACUGAUGUUUCUGCCGGCGCUGAAACAAAAUUCGCCCUAUUAUUCAUCGUCCUGAUGUCUAAUCUUUUUGCCAUCUUUUUGCAGUCUCUUACUAUCAAAUUGGGUACUGUCACGGGUCUCAAUUUGGCUGAGAACUGUAAGGCCCACCUACCAAAGUGGCUUACGAUCAUCCUGUACAUUCUUGCAGAAUCUGCUAUUAUCGCAACAGACAUCGCCGAGGUUGUUGGGUCCGCGAUUGCGUUGAAUCUCCUUCUUCGCAUCCCCCUUGUAGCUGGAUGCGCCAUUACACUGGUCGAUGUCUUGGUGAUUCUCAUCUUCUACAGACCCGAUGGGUCUAUGGUCGCAGUCCGUGCUUUUGAGUGGUUCGUCAUGGCGAUUGUAUUGGGCGUGGUUGUCUGUUUCUGCAUCGAGCUAUCGCUCAUCCGGAAUUCCUCGGUAGGAGAGGUUUUCAGGGGAUACUUACCGUCCGCUGCUGUUAUUCAAUCUAAUGGGUUAUAUCUAAGCUGUGGGAUCCUUGGAGCAACUGUGAUGCCUCACUCUAUCUUUCUGGGAAGUGGCGUGGUACAAUCACGCUUGAGACACUUCGAUAUCCAGGAAGGUCAUCUAAGCACAACGGUUACUUCUGGAGGUGAUGGGGAUGAAAAAUAUCGCCCUUCCGUCGCUGCUAUUCGGCACUGCCUUCAGCACUCCAUUGUCGAGCUUGCAUUGACCCUGUUCACAUUUGCCCUUUUCGUAAACAGCUCUAUUCUUAUUGUGGCUGGUUCCUCUUUGUUUGGCAAUGUCGAGGCUGCGGAAGCAGACCUUUUUGGAAUCCACAAACUUCUGUCGGAUACUAUUGCUCCAGCUGCAGGCACGACUUUUGCCCUGGCACUUCUCCUGUCCGGAAUUUCGGCAGGAAUCGUCUGUACAAUGGCAGGGCAGAUGGUCAGCGAAGGGAUGUUGAACUGGAGGGUUGCUCCAUGGCUCAGACGGCUCCUCACGCGAUCGAUUAGCAUCAUCCCGAGUAUCAUUAUCGCCGCCGCUGUCGGGAAAGCAGGACUCAAUGCUACGUUGGCUGCGACCCAAGUGGUCCUGAGCGCUAUUCUUCCAUUUGUCACUGCUCCUCUGAUAUAUUUCACCUCCCUGGACCGAUAUAUGACAGUCACUACAAGGGUGCCACCCGGGGACGAUGUCGAAGGUGUGGAAAUGGGGAACCAUUGGGCGGUCACGGUGGUGGGUUUCCUGAUUUGGAUGGUAAUUGCCAUUAUGAAUGUUGCUUUGCUGGUCCUAGUGGGCUUGGGCAAGAUGUAG